UCUAUCCCCAUCCCAGGUCUCCUUCCCAGUAUUCACAAUGAGUCUUCCAGAAAUGAUGCUGCUACUGAGUCUUCUCCCCUUUCUGCUUUACAGAGCUGCUGCUGAGGUGAAGCUGGAUGUCUGCUGCACCAGUGGGUUUGAGUGGGCAUCACUGAACGAGGGCUGUGCCCGCCUCCCCUCCAUCUCAGACUCUAAACAGUGCAGAGUAAUCCAAGAACAAUGUUGCCUAAACCAGCUGGAGGAAUUGCACUGUACAACCGGAAUCAACAUCGCCACGGAGAAAAAUUCUUGUGAUACAAGUGAACAGGAAAAUGCUUCCAGCUGUGAGGCCAGGUUUGUGAAGAGAUGCUGCAACUGCUGCCUGCUGGGUAAAGAAGCCCAGGCCCGGGGGGAAUCCUGCGAGCAGGGCUUGUUCCUGGGCUACCAGUGCAGCCUGGUGUUCAGGGCCUGCUGCGUGAAAGGACAGGAGGGCAACGAAACCCCUAACCAAGAUGAAGCCAACAACUCUUUGAUCCCCACUGAUAAUGAAGACCCGUCCCUGAAUGACAGAUGCAGAGGCGGAGGACCGUGCACCCAGCAGUGCAGAGACACCGGAAGCAGCGUGGUCUGUUCCUGUUAUGCCGGAUACCAGCUCCAACCUGACGGAGUCACCUGUGAAGAUAUAAAUGAAUGUAUCGCCGGAACGCACAACUGUAAGGUGGGACAGAUCUGUAUCAAUCAGCUCGGGUCCUUCCGCUGUCAAAGAGAGAUCAACUGCGGCACCGGCUACGAACUCACCGAGGACAACAGCUGUAAAGAUAUCGAUGAGUGCGCAACAGGAACUCACAACUGUCUGCCGAACUUCAACUGCCAGAACACGCCCGGAUCGUUCCGCUGUCGCCCCAAAGUGCAGUGCAGCACUGGUUUCAUUCAGGAUGCACUGGGCAACUGUAUUGACAUCAAUGAAUGUCUUAGCGUCAAUGCGCCAUGUCCUCAGGGUCAGACCUGCAUCAACACCGAAGGUUCCUACACUUGUCAGCGACACGUGGUCAACUGUGGACGGGGAUAUCACCUGAGCGCUGACGGAACAAAAUGCGAAGAUAUCAAUGAGUGUUCCAGCAUUCAGAACCCCUGUGGUGAGGGGCACACUUGUCUGAAUGUGCCCGGUACCUAUCGAUGUGAUUGCCGAUCUGGAUACCACUUUGAUGCCCUCAGCAGAACAUGUGCUGAUGUGAAUGAGUGCAGAGGAUACUCCGGUCGUAUCUGCGCCCACAAGUGUGAAAACACAGCCGGCUCCUUUUAUUGCAGUUGUUCCACCGGCUUCAAAUUGGCUUUGGAUGGCCGAAACUGCGAAGAUGUGGAUGAAUGUAACAGCAAUCCGUGCAGCCAGGAGUGUGCCAACGUCUAUGGCUCAUACCAGUGUUACUGCCGCCGAGGAUACCAGCUAAGUGAUGUGGAUGGAAUCACAUGCGAAGAUAUUGAUGAAUGCGCUCUACCAACUGGUGGACACAUAUGUUCUUACCGUUGCAACAAUGUUCCCGGCAGCUUCCGCUGCACCUGCCCCCUCUCCGGAUAUACAUUGGCCCCUAAUGGCCGAAACUGUCAGGAUGUGGAUGAGUGUGUGACAGGGACACAUAACUGCAGUGGUACCGAGACCUGCUUCAACAUCCAAGGAGGGUACAAGUGUUUGGCCUUCGAAUGUCCCCAGAACUACCGCAAAGCUAUUGAGACAUAUGAAAGAGCAGACAACAGUCGCUGUAUUAAAUCCUGCCGGCCGAGCAAUUACAACUGCAUUACAGAUCCCGUCCACUCCAUAUCCAACACGGUCAUCUCUCUGCCUACCUCCCGAGAAUUCAGUCGUCCAGAAGAGAUUAUCUUCCUCCGUGCAGUGACUCCUGCAUACUCACCCGGCCCUCAACCAGACAUUAUAUUUCAUAUCACUGAGGGAAAUGUAAGAGACUCCUUCGACAUCCAGAAACGUUAUAUGGAUGGAACCAUAGUUGGUGUUGUCCGUCAAAUAAAGCCUAUUGUGGGCCCAUUCCACACCGUCCUGAAGCUGGAGAUGAACUACGUCAUGGGCGGAGUGGUAUCUCACAAGAAUGUCGUCAAUGUCCACAUAUUUGUAUCAGAAUUCUGGUUCUAAGUGACCCCACAAUCUUCUGUCUCCAUCACUAAUUCUAUCCUGAGUUAAUAAAGCUUCACAUUGUAAUAUGUUCACCUUCUGGCCUGUUGGGUCGGGGGGCAGGUUAUGACCCUCAAAGUCUUUUUUGACCCCCACCCUGAUUAACAAUUUCACCUAGAGAGACCACAUCAGUAUCUAUACAGUUGAUCCCCCUUGAGUUUUCCCUUUACAUUCGGAUAUUGGAAAUCAAAAAUUUUGGGCAAAUAAUAGGCCUAAUGGGUUUAUUAGAAUUUUUGGGUCAAGGAAGUUCUCAAACAGACAUUAAUGUGGAUCAAUACUGUACAUGGUACAUAUAUGAAAAUUGUGACAUUAUGUUACAUGGUUUAUUAGGCCAAACCAUUGGAGGAAACUGUUGAAAAACACUAAACACAGAAAAUGCAUGAAAAAAAUGUAAAAUACUCCAGUGCUUUUGCCCUUAAUUAAUCUCUUGCUAUAUUCCUCAGGGGUGGGGCUUAAAAUCUUUUUUGUCCUACUGCAAACAGGGUAAAGGGAGAGGCUGCAGAAAGAGCGCAUAACUAAUCACCUGGGGCACAUAGAGAAAUAUUUUUUUUCCACAUUUCUUAGUUUAAUUUAUAAUAUGAGAUUAAAUAUGAUUAAAGGAAAGAGUUUUUCAUUUUAUGAUAUGUAAUAUAUUACAGUAAAAUCUCCCUUAGUGGACACCUCCCAAUAGCUGACAGUUUUUUUAUUCCCUGGCAGAGUCCCAUAAGAGUUUAUGUAUUUGCACCCUCCAUUAGUGGACGGGGACACACCCAACAGUGGAAAAAGCGCUCCCAAUAGGGGACAACAAGGCGUAUGUGCUGGCCCUAUCUUAAACCCAAGGGGUUACAGCCAAUAUCCCAGUAAGGGGCCGGGGCUCCCCAGCACAGAAGCAGAAGAUCGCUUUUUAAACAGUGGCCUCCUGCUUCUGUACUUCCACCAUCCACAUCAUUGCCCCCCUGAUCCCCACCCUGCCAAAUCAUCCCUCCCUUUAUAACCCCCCUGUGCCACAUCAGUUCCCCUUGAUCCCCCCGUGCUAUUUCAUCCCCCUUUAUCCCCCUGUGUCACUUUAUUCCCCCUGUGCUCUUUGCCAAAUCAUUCCCUCUCACCCCUUGCGCCACAUCACUUUUCCCCUUUCCUCUUCCCCCUGUUGUUCUUAUU